AAUUCAUGUGCGAAAACAUUGUCAUUACUAUUACGAAAAAUAUUAUAUUGUACAAAAACAAAGUAAAGCUUAUAAAAAAACUAGAGGUAACAUCGGCUAGGCCGGAAGAUAUAUAAAUAUUUAUAUAUAUAAUAGCUCUCUUGGAGUAGUACUUUCUGUUAUUACACAAAUGAUCAUAUACAUAGCACUAGCUCUUCUCCUCUUUUUUCUCUUCUUCCUCCAUAAUCGAAAAAGUUCUGGCCAUGGCCGGCUUCUUCCCGGGCCACCCGGGUGGCCCAUAUUCGGAAACUUAUUCGACCUCGGAGCAAUGCCACACAGGUCCCUAACCAAGUUGAGACACAAGUAUGGCGACGUGGUAUUGCUAAGACUAGGCGCCAUAAACACCAUGGUAAUUCUCUCAUCGAAAGCAGCCACCGAGUUCUUUAAGAACCACGACAUGUCGUUUGUAGAGCGGACCAUCACCGAAACCAGCCGAGCCCUCGACUACGACAAGGGCUCAUUGGCUUUAGCCCCUUACGGCCCUUACUGGCGUGUGUUGAGGCGACUGGUGACGAUCGACAUGUUAGUCCUCAAGCGAAUCAACGAAACGGCUGUCGUUCGUCGAAAAUGUGUAGAGAACAUGUUGUUGUGGAUUGAACAAGAAGUGAAGUUGAACAAUAAUAAAGGUGUUCACGUGGCUCGCUUUGUGUUCCUCAUGUCGUUUAAUCUUUUGGGGAAUCUCAUGCUGUCUAGGGACUUGUUGGAUCCCAAUUCAGCCGAGGGGUCGGAGUUUUUCUCAGCCAUGAUGGGGCUUAUGGAGUGGAGUGGCCACGCCAACAUGGCUGAUUUUUUCCCAUGGUUGAGGUGGUUGGAUCCUCAAGGGCUUAAGAGGAAGAUGGAGAGGGAUCUAGGUAAGGCUUUGAAGAUUGCUUCAAAUUUUGUGAAUGAGCGAAGGAAUGAACAAGACAAGGAUAAAGAGAGAAGGGAUUUCUUGGAUGUGUUACUUGAGUUUGAAGGUAAUGGAAAAGAUGAGCCUGCCAAAAUUUCUGAUCGUGAUCUUAACAUUUUCAUACUUGAAAUAUUUCUGGCUGGUUCAGAAACGACAAGCAGUACAAUUGAAUGGGCCCUGACUGAACUACUACUGAACCCAGAGGCCAUGGGCAAGGCCAAGGCCGAGCUCAAUCAAGUGAUAGGGCCAAGUCGGAGGGUCGAAGAGAACGACAUUGAAAACCUUCCAUACAUACAAGCUAUCAUCAAAGAAACACUUCGAAUGCAUCCACCAAUCCCGUUUCUGGUCCCACGAAGAGCAGUAAAGGACACAGUUUUUAUGGGCUACUUUGUACCCAAAAACACACAGGUCUUUGUCAACGCUUGGGCAAUCGGAAGAGACGCAGAUGUGUGGAACGACGCGUCGUUUUUCAAGCCCGAGAGAUUCUUGGACUCGAAAACAGACUAUAGAGGACAACAUUUUGAGCUGAUCCCAUUUGGAGCUGGACGACGUAUGUGUGCCGGGGUCCCGCUGGCUCAUCGAGUUCUUCACCUGGUUUUGGGGUCAUUGCUUCACCAUUUUGAGUGGAGACUUGAUGAGAGUAAUGGUGUUACUCCUGAAUCUAUGGAUAUGAAGGACAGGUUAGGAAUUACAACUCGAAAGUUUGAACCAUUACUUGCAAUACCAAACAAGUGUUGCCCAUUUUAAUAAAAAUAUUAGAGACACGUGAUAAUUAAUAUAUGUAUUACUUUGCAUGUUUAUAAUGAUCUCUUGUUUACGAUAUCAUCUAUGAAAAUAAGGAGACCAGUACUACUGAAACACUAAAUCUCUCGAAAGACCCAUAUUGUGGUAGUUUUUUCUUCUUCUUUUCUAUUAAAUAAAAAGGCCUGGUUAAA